GUUCGCCGUGUUCGGUGUCAAGUGUCCCUCACGUUACAAAUGACGGCAAAUAAACACAGCUAAAUUGCUAUAUUUAUUAAAUUAAAAAAACGAUAGGAAUACUAUACGAUUUUUGAAAUUAUACAUACGUAGCAGAUUUUCGCCCCGUUUUCAAUCAGGCACUUCGAUGGACAUCUUAUUCCGCAAUGAGGACCAGUGGGUCCUACUGUCAGUGCAGUUCGGCGUGUUUCUUGACAAGUGUCCCUUACCCGAGUAAUUUGACCGCAGCUACGUACUUUUCUUUGGCUAUCAACAUGUCCCGUUGCCUUUCUUUGGCCCGGUUCGGUAUAACUUUGUCCGCUAGAUGCACUUUAAGGGUACCACCAUGUACGCGAAGGCUGAGCGGUUCUGUCUCCGCAUCUUUGGCACGGGAGAUGCAGGUUGGACCCCAGCAGAGGUGGAGCAGUCGGCCCAAAUUGUUGCGCUCUCAGCAGGUCUUCCCUUGGAUCAGCCAGCAGUCUUCGUACAGCACGCAGGAGGCUGAAAAGGAACCCGAGGAGGAACCCUUGCACACCAUCAUCACAGAUUCCGAGUCUGUGCAAGGCACCUUCUCCAAACAUGAAUUUCAGGCCGAGACGAAUAAGCUUCUGGACAUUGUUGCCAGGUCUCUGUACUCGGAGAAGGAGGUUUUCAUCAGGGAGCUGAUCUCCAACGGCAGCGACGCUCUGGAGAAAUUGCGUCACAAACUGAUCACGGCAGGCGGCGAAACGGCUCCCAUGGAGAUCCACCUGCAGACGGACGCUGCCAAGGGCACGUUCACCAUACAGGACACCGGAGUGGGGAUGAACCAAGAGGAGCUCGUUGCCAACCUGGGAACUAUUGCGCGUUCCGGUUCAAAGGCGUUUUUGGACGCUUUGCAGAACCAGACGGAAACCAGCAGCACCAUCAUCGGGCAGUUCGGCGUGGGGUUCUACUCGGCCUUCAUGGUGGCCGAUCGCGUGGACGUCUACUCGCGGGCGGCCGAGGACGGCUCGCCCGGGUACAAGUGGUCCUCGGAUGGCUCGGGAGUGUUUGAGCUGGCCGAGGCCAGCGGCGUCCAGCAGGGCACAAAGAUCGUUCUGCACCUCAAAGACGACUGCAAGGAGUUUUCCUCCGAGGACAGAGUGAAAGAUGUGGUGACAAAGUACAGCAACUUCGUCAGCUUCCCCAUCUUCCUCAACGGACGGCGGCUUAACACGCUGCAGGCGCUGUGGAUGAUGGAACCCAAGGACAUCAGCGACUGGCAGCACCAGGAGUUCUACCGCUACGUGGCUCAGGCGUACGACAAGCCGCGCUACAUGCUGCACUACCGCACCGACGCCCCGCUCAACAUCCGCAGCAUUUUCUACGUCCCUGAAACGAAGCCGUCCAUGUUUGACGUGAGCAGGGAGAUGGGCUCCAGCGUGGCGCUCUACAGCAGGAAGGUUCUCAUUCAGACCAAAGCCGCCGACAUCCUGCCCAAGUGGCUGCGCUUCCUGCGGGGGGUGGUGGACAGCGAGGACAUCCCCCUCAACCUGAGCAGAGAGCUGCUGCAGGAGAGCGCUCUCAUCAGGAAGGUUCGUGACGUCCUGCAGCAGCGUGUGAUCCGCUUCCUGCUGGAGCAGAGCAAGAAGGAGCCGGAGAAGUACAACAAGUUCUUUGAGGACUACGGCCUCUUCAUGCGGGAGGGCAUCGUCACCACGCAGGAGCAGGACGUCAAGGAGGACAUCGCCAAGCUACUGCGCUUUGAGUCAUCGGCACUGCCGGCGGGUCAGCACACCAACAUGAUGGAGUACGCCUCCCGCAUGAAGGCCGGGUCACGCAACAUCUACUACCUGUGUGCCCCCAACCGCCAUCUUGCUGAGCACUCCCCUUACUUUGAAGCCAUGAAGCAGAAAGACAUGGAGGUGCUGUUCUGCUACGAGCAGUUUGACGAGCUGACGUUGCUCCACCUGCGGGAGUUUGACAAGAAGAAGCUCAUCUCUGUGGAGACGGACAUCGUGGUGGACCACUACAAGGAGGAGAAGUUUGAGGACAGCAAAGCAGCGACGGAGCGUCUGACGCAGGAGCAGACUGACGACCUGAUGGCCUGGAUGAAGAACGCCCUGGGCCCCCGCGUCACCAACGUCAAGCUUACCCCCCGCCUGGACACGCACCCCGCCAUGAUCACGGUUCUGGAAAUGGGCGCGGCGCGACACUUCCUGCGCACCCAGCAGCUGGCCCGCAGCGCAGAGGAGCGAGCGCAGAUCCUGCAGCCCACCCUGGAGAUCAACUCCGGACACGACCUCAUCAAGAAGCUCCACGCGCUCAAGGACUCCAACGCUGACCUGGCAGCUCUGCUCCUGGAUCAGAUUUACGACAACGCCAUGAUCACCGCUGGACUAAACGACGACCCCCGACCAAUGAUUGCACGCCUCAACGACCUGCUGACCAAAGCGCUGCAGAAGCACUGAGUGCCAUGUGACCACUUUGGACUGUUUGGCGCCCACUGGUGGGGAGAAGGUGAACUGCCAGCAGGUUCAUCCAUGAACAUGUUUUGUUGUUUUUGUAAAUACAAGCUGCCCCCCUUCCCUCCCUUCCCCCAAGGGGGGGCUGAUAAAUAAGUCAUAGGCUUCUUCUUCUACUCUGUAAAUGUUUUUACUGCAAAAAAAAGUACAAGUAAGAAAUGAGCAGAGUGCCGAGCCACAUGGUCCAAUGUUGGUCUGAAGGUGAAGUCCGUUCUUCAUACGGCGACACUAAAACAUCUCAGCGCCGUCAGUCUCUUGGAAGGGUGGGGGUGGGGGGGGGGGGGGCGCCCAUGCUGCUGCUGGCCCUCUCCAUCCCCGUGGGGCCGCUGACCCGAGACCUCAUCAAGAUCCAGAACCUUCAGAGAAAGGUCAGGACAGCUUGUCUAUGUUGGCCAGGAAGCGCUGGGCCCACCACUCAUCCAGAUCCAGGGCCACGAAGUCUGGCAGGACCAGGAAGUACAGCACACUUUCAACAUGGUUCAAUAUACUUUCUAUAUGAUAUUUAUAACUACAUGUGUUUCAGGCGGGACAAAAAUACCUAUCAUGAGGGGAAAAGACUACCAUUUUUCUUUUUACUUUGCAGAGUUAUGAAUGCUGAAUGUUAUGAAUUCUCCAAUAAACUAAA